CCCCAUUCAGUCACAAACUAUAUAAGCCGGGUCGGGUAGCUGAACCCAGCACACAGUUCCCUCCCUCCCUUUCUCCCUCAGUGCUUUCUUGUCCAGAAAAGACCUCCUUCCUGCAGUAUGGACCUCUCUAUCCAAUACCCCUGGUUCAGGCGUUCCUUUGGACCCUUCUAUCCAAGCCGCCUGCUCGACCAGUUUUUCGGUGACGGACUAUUCGACUAUGAUCUCUUCCCUUUCUCCUCCUCCACCACCAGCCCUUACUACAGGCAGUCAAUGUUCCGCAACUUCAUGGACUCCGGACUCUCUGAGGUUCGCUCAGACAAGGACAGAUUCCUGAUCAGCCUGGACGUGAAGCACUUCUCACCAGAUGAGCUGAGUGUGAAGAUUGUCGAUGACUUUGUGGAGAUCCACGGGAAACACGGAGACAGACAGGACGACCACGGCUACAUUUCCCGCGAGUUCCACCGGAGAUACCGCAUGCCAAGCAACCUGGAGCAAUCGGCAUUCGUCUGCUCCCUGUCUCCCGAUGGAAUACUGACACUCUGCUGCCCAAAGAACCAAUUGGGAGGCGACUCCAGCCGUCAGGACCGCCCCAUCCCCGUGACCCGGGAGGAGAAACCCACCACCUCCCCUUCAUCCUAGACACCGCGGUAGAGAUUGGUUCGGGGGCUACACACACACACACACACACACACACACCCCAAUUAGCUCAUAGCCACGUACCAGAGAUAUCAGCGCAUCUAGCUCAGUCUCUUUCACUUGUGGGUUUUAUUUUUAAUAGGGUCGGGGCUGAACACAGAUAAUCAAGGCUUCUGAGUGAACGAUGAUUAAAAAAAAAAUUAUUGAUUAAUUAUUGAUCUUAUAGAAUUGGCAGA